AUAUUGGUAUGUGCUCAGAGAAAAUAUGUACGGAAGAAGAAAAAAAAGAGUAAAAAAUAAAAAGAGUAGAUAGUCCAAUAGUACAUAUUGAUAUGUACUGGAGGAACCAGUUAAUGAAAUUCUAGAAUCAAACUGGAAACGAGUAAGGAAAACAGUUUAUUAAGAGAGAGAGCGUGAAUCGGGCGAAAAAUCAGUCGUGAUGAUUAACACUUAUCAACCCAUGAUUGAAGAAACAAUUGAUCCAGGUUGGUCUCAAAAUAGACGGGUUAUUGAUGAAUCAAGGGUUUCUAAUGUUCAAGAGGAGCUGAUGGUUGAUUCACAGAUGUGUUUGGAGAAGACGAACAGUUUGAAUGAAGAAAGGAAUAACAAGAGUAUUGAUGUAUGUGUAUGGAUAAUCUGGAUUCAGGAAGGAGUGGAGAUUCUCAGCCUGGAAUUCGAACUUAUCAACAUAGAUCUGCUAAACCUGCAUCUUACAGGGAUGCUUUUAUCAAUUCUGAAUUGAGAUGGGAAAACUAUUUUCAAGAAUGGGGUCUACAGGAGUUGGAAAUUGAAGGAAGCAACGACUCUGUGAUUGGUGGAGAUGGUACUGCGGAUGGAAUUCCAUCAAUUAAUUUGGACAUCGAUACUCAGAUGCGCAUAAUUCAGCCAUGGAUUUUUUCUUAAUUGGUAAAGUUGUUGGAAAAACGAUAGGUUUUAAAUUCAUUUCUUAUAAAGUGAACGAAUUGUGGAAGCCUACAGGUAAGAUUCAAAUACUUGAUCUCGGUAAUGGUUUUUUUCUUAUUCAAAUUUGAUUGUCCAGAUGAUUAUAAGUAUGCUUUAUUAGAAGGCCCCUGGUUUAUUGGUGGUCAUCAUCUUUCUAUGAGAAGAUGGACACAAAAUUUCAAGUCUUCUAAUGCUUUUGUGAACACUUCUGUUGUAUGGGCUAGGCUACCUGAACUCCCUAUUGAAUAUUUUGAUAAAUCAGUUCUUGAAAAAGUUGGAGCUAGAAUAGGCAGACUGAUUAAGGUUGAUAAUACUACUGAGAAAGUAUUGAGGGGGAGGUAUGUCAGAGUUUGUGUUGAAUUUGCAACAGAUAAGCCUUUAGUUCCUCUUGUUAGGAUAAGAUCUAUCAUUCAAAAAGUGGAGUAUGAGGGUUUGAAUAUGAUUUGUUUUCAAUGUGGAAAAAUGACACAUAAAAAAAGAAAAUUGUCCUACUAAUGUUCAUGCUCAGCCAGCAACUGUUAAUCCUCCUUCUGUUUCAGGUACAUACCAAGGUGUCAAUGUGGAGGCUAACUUUGGCCCGUGGAUGAUGGUGGAUAAGAGGAAGAACAAGUUCAAAGGAGGUGGUGUUAGUAAGGCUACUCCGAAGGAGAGUAACAAAGGAGGUGUGAAUCGGGAAAGUGAAACUAGUGGAAGUUCGAAGAAUGCUAGAGGUGGUAACUCAGAUAGUUAAUGGCAAUUGGUAACAAAAAAAAAAGGUAAUCGAAGUGUAGGUAAUAACAACAUAUUUGCUUCCUUGGCUGAAUAGACUGCAAUGGACAUGACUGGUCAUGACAAACAUGAGGCAAUUAAUGUAAGAAUUUGUAACAGUAGCCCUAUCAUUAAUGCUACAAGUGGUGGGAAUGUUAACAAGUCGGAGAGGCAUUUACAAAUCAGAGAAGUGAAUAAUGUUAGUGGAUCUGUGUCUAAUGAUGUUUUAUUAAAUGCACAUCAGGGAAGGAAUUCGAAUAGAAAGAGUUAUAAUUCAAUUAAUUCUGGUAAUGGGGGUGUCUUAAAUGACAAUCAAGUUAUUGUUAGUGAACCUAUAAAUAAAGGGAAAGGAAAAAUAGUUUCUACUGACAGUAAUGGAAGCAGAAAAUCAGAUGGAGGACCACUUACAGUUCCAAUAAAUACUCUCUCAAGUCUCUCUAAAACCAUUGAAGGUUUCUUGGAAGGUGGAAGACCUUCAAGUCUCUCUAAGACCAUUGGAGGUUUCUUGGAAGGUGGAAGACCUUCUUGUUCGAAGAGCUCAGGAGGAGUUGCAAGCAAAGGCCAGUCAUUUGACAGAAUUAGUGAUAAAGCAAAUAACACAAGUGGACUUAAGGCUUUAAAUGCUGGAGGACAUCGCACAUCUGAGAAGGUUGAUGAAUCAGGCAUUGCCAGAGGUGGUGCAUGCUUAGGAGCAACUAGAGUGGAAUGUAUUUUUGGACAGAGUCAAUCAGGUAUUGAUUUCGUUAAGCUUCUCCCGUUCAAAUUGGACUUACAUGGAUCCGGAGGAGUAUCCAAACCAGGACAGGAAAGAGCUAGAAUGCGUGUCAAAGAUGUGGCCAGAAACAACAACACUAGUGGCGGAAUUGGCUACAAUGAUGGAAACUCCAGCAUUAAUAAGAAGCCCAAACGAUCUUUGGAAGUUCGAGAUGCAGUUCAAUACUCGUUUGGAUGCGGAUCAUUUCUACCAACGACAGUUCAAGACAAAAUUCAUUCCAAUUCUGGAGUUGAACAAGGCAGCAAUUGCAAGGAGAAUGGAAAUGCCACUCGCUAGAGGACCUUCAAGGCCUUUUUGUUUUUCAGGUUGUAUCGAUAAUUUGUGCAUGAAGAUAUUAGUUUGAAAUUGCAGGGGUGUUGCCCGACCCUCUUUUAUUCGUGUUAUGAAGAAGUUAAUUAAGAGACAUAAGCCAACUACUGUGGCUUUGUUAGAGACUAGAGUGCUUGAUACUCAUGCUGCUGGUAUUGUUAGGCAAUUGGGUUUUAUGGAGUCCGUUGUGAUUGAUCUUGAAGGUUUAUCAGGGGGCAUGUAUUUGUUGUGGGAUCCGAAUGAGGUGGAUAUUGAGGCUACUAAACUGUCUAGGUGGGUCAUUCAUACAGUUUUUACGGCUAAGUUCAAGAGUCCAUGGAUCCUGUCCUCAAUUUAUGGCAGUACUAAUAAGGUCACCAGGAAGAGUAUUUGGGAGGAAAUAGGUGCCAUUGUUGAAGUUAAUCAAGCAUGCCAUAUGGUUAUGGGAGAUUUAAACACUAUUGGCGCUAGGAAUGAAAAAGCUGGUGGAAAAGAGCCUUCUGCAAGUCAACUGCAGGAGCUUAAAGAUGUGAUGAAUCAAUGUGGUUUGACUGAUUUGGGGGCGAAUGGGCCAAGAUAUACUUGGAAUAACAAAAGGGCUAGACUUGCAAACAUCAAGGAAAGGCUGGAUCAUGUUUUGUCUAAUGAGGAUUGGUGCAAGAGUUUCAAAAAUGCCCAGGUAUAUCACUUAUCUUAUUUCAAUUUGGACCAUAGAACUUUGUUGAUUUACCUUGAACCUAAAAAGGUUUUUAAACAGAGACCAUUCAGGUUUGAGGCCAUGUGGGCCAGUGAUACUAGAUAUACUGAUGUGGUUAAGGAGAACCGGCAUAGACCCACUAGUAAUAAUAACCAUAGCUAUUUUGAGAAUGUUGAAAGACUUCAAAAAGAAACCAAAAAUUGGAAUAAGAAUGUUUUUGGUAAUCUUUAUAAUAGGAUUGAAUCUGCUCUUGCGAAUUUAAAUCUUUCUCAAGAUGCUUUUGAUUUCUCUCCUAUUGAUGAAGCUAAAAGUCACAUGGUUAAUUGUUUGUGUGAGUAUUUAAAUUUGCUAAAGUUGGAAGAGAUUUUCUGGAGGAAGAAGUCUAGGGUUGAGUGGCUUAAAGAUGGAGAUCUUAACACGAAAUUAUUUCAUACUUCUACUCUGGUUAGAAGGAGAAGGAACUCCAUUUGUAUGUUGAAAGAUAAUGCUGGUAAGUGGCUUACUUCUGAUGUAGAUAUUGAAAAGGAAAUUGUGAACCAUUUUAGUUCUCUUUUCAAUUCUACCAUUACUAGUUCAGAUCAUGCUGAAAUUGAGAGUUUGUUUCCUAGUAUUAUUUCUGAAAAUAACAAUAAUAUUAUUACUGGGGAGGUUUCGGUCAUGGAAAUAAAAACUGUUAUGAGACAAUUAGGUUCGCUUAAAGCUCCCGGGCCCGAUGGUUUUCAGUGGAUUUUCUUUCAAAAGUACUGGAGUACUGUUGGCCCAAGCAUUAUCAAGUUAGUUAGGGACUUUUUGUCUCUAGGAAUGCUUGAUCAUAGACUUAAUAGAACCUUUUUAUAGCUUUGAUACCUAAGAAAAAUAUUUCUACUAGUAUCAAAGACUAUGGGCCUAUUAGCCUAUGUAAUUAUGCUAUGAAGAUCAUAACUAAAAUCCUGACCAACAGGAUUAGACUUUUUAUGGAUAAAAUUGUCUCUAAGAACCAGCAUGCUUUCAUUAAGGGUAGGUCAAUUUUUGACUCUACCAUAAUUUGCAAUGAAAUUAUCCAUUCUUUUAAGACUAAAAAAGGUACUAAGGGCUGGAUGACUCUAAAAAUUGAUUUCGAUAAAGCUUAUGAUAGGAUCAGCUGGCCAUUUAUAGCUAAAAUCCUAAAGUGUGUUGGUUUUGAUGAUAAAGUGGUAGGCUGGAUUAUGUCUUGCAUAAACUCUGUCUCUUUCCAAGUCCUAAUUAAUGGUGCUCCUAGCAAUGAAUUUACUCCUCAUAAUGGUAUCCUCCAAGGAGAUCCUUUAUCUCCCUACAUUUUUAUUUUAUGUUUGGAAGCUUUGUCUAGACUUAUUCAACAUGGUAUUGACUCUAAGUUCUUGCAGGGUUUCACUGUGGCUAAGGGAGCUCCUAUGAUUACUCACUCGCUUUAUGCAGAUGAUAUUAUUAUUUUCCUUAAGGCUAAUUACAAAAAUGCCUGCAAUCUAAGAUACAUUCUUGAUAAGUUUAAUUGUUGGUCUGGUCAGGUUGUGAGUGAUGCUAAGUCUACUUUGCUGACUUCUAGCAAUCUGGGUAGAAGCUUUACUAUGGGAAUGGCUAAGGCGCUAAGAGUUCAAGUUGCUAAGACUCCAUCCUUUUGAAGGUUAAAUAUUUCAGAGAAGGUGAUUUCUGGUCUAGUAAGACCAAAAAUGGUUAUACUGCUAGUUGGAGAAGCAUUGUUCAGAGGAAAGAGAUUAUUAAGGGCAACCUUAGGUGGUGCAUUGGAGAUGGAAGUCAGGUCGACUUCUGGAAUGACUCUUGGGAAUUGGAGGGGUGGUUAGGGAUGAUGCGGGCUCAUUUGUGGCAGGCUAUGCUAAAUACAUUUUUCAGAAUGUGAUGGCUGAAGUUUGGGAAACUAGGGAUGGCCUUCAACUCGCUCUUCACUUGGGGAUUAGGAAGCUCGAGGUCGAAUGUGAGUCUACCUAUACUAUCCAGCUCUGCAGAGGUGAAGUUGCUCCACCGUGGUACUUAAAAAGCCUUGUUCAAGAUAUUGCUAAUAUGAAAGGAAAAUUCGAAGAUGUUGUCUUUGUCCAUCAGUAUAGAGAGUCCAAUUUUGUUGUUGAUACCUUGUCGAAGAAAGCUUCUGAAAGAAUUCUCGAGGGAGUGUGGUUUACUAACCCACCUGAAGAUAUAGUUAAUUUUCUGUUAGCUGACAUUCAGGGUGUGUCCCACCCGAGAAUGAUCAAAGUGUAAUUUUUCUGUUUUACUUUUCCGUUAUCAAAAAAAAAAUGUACUGGAGGAAAAUGUAUAAUGAAGGAAAAAUUGUAUGAUCCCACAUUACA